GGCCCUUUUACUUUCUUUUUGUUUUGCAAUCCUUUUUACUAUUUUAAGUUUUGAACUUGCAAAUUUCUCGAGUCAUUUUCUUGGAAAUAUCUACCUAAGAAAAAUUCGCCGCACGCGUCAAUGCCGUCGGCGUGAGCGUGAUUAACGAAACAAACAGCCAUUCUGCUCGCUGGCGACUGGCGUGACGAUUUGUAUACAAAUUCCCAUCCUUCCCUUUCGUUUUUUCCGCUGUAAGAAUCCCUUCCCAAUCUUCCACCACCGCUUCUUCAAGCACGAAUUCUCCCGGUCUGUCCUAAUUCCGGCACUAGGGCUACUCUUAACAUCACUGGGUUUAAUUACUUCGUCGGUGGUGAGAGCACCGACAAUGAAGAGAGUGAAGUUGGAAACUAUGCUGCCGCUGAGUCGGGUCCGGCUGAUUCAGACCUUGAUGGCUGCUUUUUUCCUCUACCUUCUCUUCGUUACUCUCGAGAUCCCUCUGGUUUUCAGAACCGGGUCGGUGGAAGUUUAUGGGUCAGCUAACGGCGACGGGUCUACCGGUGAAGCCCUGCCCAGGUCGUGGGUCUUCGAGCGUGACGAACGGCAGUUGUUUGAGCGAGCAGAGGAAGCAGAAAGCAAAAUCAGCGGCGGCGGCGGCGAAGAUCGAGGCGGCAGUCCUUCUGGAGAAUCUUCGGAUUCUCGAGUGGGUUUCCGCCGGAGCCCCGCGCGGAGAAUGAGGGAGACUAGUAAGCGAAUCUCCGGGUUGUUCUUCAACGAGACGGUGUUCGAUGUUGUGACUUCGCUCGACGAAUUCUCUGCUCUUUACAAGACGGCGAAGCAGGCGUGGUUCUCGGGGAAGAAGCUUUGGGAGGAGUUGGAAUCGGACAAGCUUCAACCCGAUCCGAUCAGGACCGACGAGAAGAAUUCCACUGAGCAGCAGUGCCCGAAUUCGAUCACUCUGACUGGACCAGAAUUCUUGUCCCGUAAAAGGAUCCUGGAGCUGCCCUGCGGGCUGACUCUGGGUUCGCAUAUAACCGUUGUGGGGAAGCCGAGGUGGGGUCACAGGGAAAGAGACCCGAAGAUAGCUCUGCUGAGGGAGGGUGAACAAGAAUUGAUGGUUUCUCAGUUCAUGAUGGAGCUGCUGGGAUUGAAGACCGUCGAUAACGAAGAACCGCCGAGGAUUUUGCAUGUCAACCCGAGAUUGAAGGGUGAUUGGAGUGGGAAGCCUGUGAUUGAGCAGAACACUUGUUACAGAAUGCAGUGGGGGCAUGCUCAGAGAUGCGAGGGCUGGAAUUCUAGAGCUGAUGAGGAAACAGUUGAUGGGCAGGUGAAGUGUGAGAAAUGGCUGCGAGAUGAUGAUGGAACUACGGAGGAUUCAAAGACAGUAUGGUGGUUGAACAGACUGAUAGGGAGGACAAAGAAGAUUUCAUACAAUUGGCCCUUCCCUUUUGCAGAAGGCAAGUUGUUCGUUCUCACAUUGACUGCUGGCUUAGAAGGUUACCACAUAAAUGUCGAUGGCAGGCAUAUCACGUCAUUUCCUUAUCGGAUUGGGUUCGUUCUUGAGGAUGCUACUGGGUUUUAUUUGAACGGUGAUGUCGAUGUGGAUGCUGUAAUUGCUGCAUCAUUGCCUAGUUCACAUCCAAACUUUGCUCCGCAACAGCAUCUCGAGAUGUUUAAGAAAUGGCAAGCACCCUCACUUCCAGUUGUUCUUGGCCAAGUGGAGCUUUUUAUUGGCAUCCUCUCUGCUGGAAAUCAUUUUUCCGAACGGAUGGCUAUAAGGAAAACAUGGAUGCAACAUAACUUGAUCAAAUCUUCAAAUGUUGUUGCUCGAUUCUUCGUUGCACUGACUGGGAGAAAAGAAAUAAAUGCACAGCUAAAGAAGGAAGCAGAGUAUUUUGGUGAUAUUGUUAUAGUUCCCUACAUGGACAACUAUGAUCUUGUAGUGCUAAAGACUGUUGCAAUUUGUGAAUAUGGGGUUCAGAAUCUUGCUGCAAAAUUUAUUAUGAAAUGUGAUGACGACACAUUUGUUAGAGUGGAUGCCGUUAUGAAGGAGGCGAAGAAAGUGGUUGGAAACAAAAGCUUGUAUGUUGGGAACAUCAACUACUAUCACAAGCCCUUGCGAGAUGGUAAAUGGGCAGUGACUUACAAGGUCCUUUUCGUGGUUAGAUUUGUCAUGCACAAUGUGCGUCAAGUAACUUUACGUAGAGGCUAGAACUAAGAACCACAAUCAGUUCUGUUCACGUUAGAAGUUUUUUGUGUGUGAUCUACCUGUUCCGAAUACAUGCUGCUUAAGUGUGUUUUUCUUCGUGUGUACCAUUCAGGAGUGGCCAGAGGAAGUGUAUCCUCCCUAUGCUAAUGGUCCAGGUUACAUUGUGUCAUCCGACAUUGCAGAGUUUGUAGUAUCAGAAUUUGAACAACACAAGCUAAGACUAUUUAAGAUGGAAGAUGUGAGCAUGGGAAUGUGGGUGGAAAAGUUCAACAGCUCAAAACCUGUGGAAUAUGUGCACAGCUUGAAGUUCUGCCAGUUUGGGUGCAUCGAUGAUUAUUACACAUCUCAUUACCAGUCUCCUAGACAGAUGAUUUGCCUAUGGGAGAAGUUACAUCAAGGAAAAGCCCAAUGCUGCAACUGGAGAUGACAAACAAGAUGACUACCGCCGAUGGGUUAACCGUAAACCGCAACUAGUUGGUAAAGAACAAGAAGGAAAAACAAGUUUUGUAGUCCUAGCAGGACCUUUGUACAUAUUCAAGGGGAGAUAUAUAGCAUUCUGAGCUCAAUUCAUUAUAGUUUUUGUUCCCGGUCAGUCAUUCUUCAAGCUUAGUUCAGUUCAGCUUUCUCUCUCCCCCUAAUUUAGUCUUGCCUGUAGCUUACGUGGAGGACUACAGUAAAGGGAGAGGAUAGACAAGUCACAGAACACCUGCCUUUUCCUCUUGUAUUCCGGAGAGACGAAACUGAAAUGCAAUAUCAGAAUGGACUGAACUUUUGCCACUUUUGGCUCAUACAUGCUCUCCAUUAUUGAACCUCAUAUGUGCUCUCCAUUAUUAAACUUUUAGUUUGUUGAGUACUUGAAAUUCCAGAAGUUGCUACAAAGUGGAGAUUCCAAAGCUUGUUAGCUGAAAGGUGGAAGCAAUAAAGCCAGCUUUAAAUUUCUGAUGGAUGAGCUUAGCAACCAAGUAGGGUCCUAGAUAGUGAAGCUUUACUCUUGAGUCUGAAAGUGAUUCUUUCUUGGUGGCUAUGAUUGUUGACAAAAAAGAGAACCUUAUUCCCUCGCCUCAUUCUAUUUCAUAUUCUUCUGGUACUUCAGAUUCUCUCCACAUCAGAGUCCCACUUCUGCUAGCUAGCUGGCAUGGUGGAUAGCCAAAAUGAUAAAACUUAAAAACCUCUCAAUUCAGAAGUUCCAAUUACAAAAAAAGAAGAAUGAAACUAUUUAUUUGGGGUAAUGCCCAUUGCCCCUUUUUCCACAUUCCUUACAAUAUAAAUUGUAAAGCAACAUUACAGCAACUUUCCCCCAUAUUCAACAGACUCUUAUACAUGGAAAACAUGAGAAAUUUCCAUCUCCAUGGUGUCCCUCCAGUCUACAAAUUGGUUAAAAUGAAAAGGGUUGCCAAGAAACUGAUCCACCAGGCACCUUCUUCCAUUGGCUUGAAGCAUGGCUGAAGAACAAACACUCAGAUGUGGUAUUGAAACCACCCGGACAGUUGCAGACAAAAGAGUUGAAAGCCCCAACAUACCCACAAACCCCAUGGCUUCUCUCACAGUUUGCACACGAUCCGGGGUAAUCAUUAUACACAUUGAACUUAUACUUCAAUGCAAUCCCAUACUUCCAGUCAUCCGGAUUCGAUUCCUGCCCGUUGAAGCUGUAGAAUCCAGCAUACGACGAGCAUUUCAGCUUCUGGAGGUCCAUCUCGAACGAAGGGCCAAGAUCGACCGGUGUGUAAACACAGCAAGUGGAGAUUGGGAGGUUCAUCAUACUGAUCGCCCUGCACGAAUACAAGAAGCUGCAGAUUGGCGCCCCUGUCCUGUCACACUGAGGGACCAUGCUGCUGCUGCUGCUGCUGCCAUUGCCACUACUCCCACCACCGUAGUCAGUAGUGCUGAACAUAGGCGACGAUGUGGUUGAGCAAUCCAAGAGGGUGAAGACUGUAUCAUCAUGGAAAGAAAAAGGGGCGUCCCAAUCGAGGCCAAAGCCUUUGCUCGGUUGAGUACAGGAACACGUCGACAUGGAUGGAUCGGAGAUGUAGAUGACCUGGUUCGAGUAGUCGAUGUUUGUGAUCGGGUAGCAGCCGGUGUGGGAGGUGAAAGUGAGCUUGCCUUGGUUGCAAGUAACAUACUUUUGGAAGCGGGGAUCGCCACAGCCAAGGCCGGUUCCAAAAGGGUACUUGAUGGGGAUGUUGCCACAGUAGUUCUGGCAAGCCUGAGAUGAGACCUUGAAAGGGAAAGAUGUGAGAGUUGUGAUGAAGAAAGCCACUAGUGCUAAGAGAGUAGUAGUAGUAGAAGUUGUUGCAGUGGCCAUGGGAGAAGAAUGGUGGAGAAUGUGAUUCAUGGAAUUGGGGUAGAGCAUAUAUAGAGUCUUUUCUGUUUUACUAGUGGUGGAAUGGUAGGGUGAAAGUGUCAGGAGGAGGGAAGUAGGAGAAUAAGGUUCUUUGGCCGGCUGCCGAUAGUUGGCUAGCUUUGAGUAUACUUUUUUCC